AUGGAACGGAGGAGUCGAGGUUCAGAUCCAGGUUCCAGGUUCAGAUCCAGGUUGACACCCUAUUUAACAGAAGACUUGUUGGAAGAGAUCCUCUCCUGGCUUCCAGUGAAAUCUCUAACACGUUUCAAGUGCGUUAAAAAUUCAUGGUCCACUGCUACUUUCUUCCAGAAUCCAAGUUUCAUUGCCAAACAGCAGCGCCACCGUUUACAAACAAAUGCAGAUCUUGUCGUCGCGAGCUGCGACCUGAUGCACCUUGGGGACUGUCCGUGCAUCCUCAUCCUGAAAAUGUUGAUUCUCAAGGAGUACGCAUUGUUGGCACGAAGGAGAUUGUGGAGAGGAAGAGAAUCUAAGGUUGUUCGUUAUCCCAGAGUCCCUAAGUGUCCUGCCCAUCUUGCAAUACAACCUUCUCCAUGCAACCCUACUGGGACAAAUGCGGGAAUCACACAAAGCUGCAAUGUUGUUCAUGUUUACGACCUAAGUACUGGUUUCUGGAGGCAAAUAAUGAACUCUGUUUCUAUUGAUCAUUCAAACAUCACAUUGCUAGAUUAUUGUAAUUUUGUUUUCUUAAAUGGAGUUCAUCAUUGGUAUGGUUCCUCUGUCACUGACGACAAUGGAAAUCACAGUCUCCCACAGCGGGACAGCACUGUUUUUUCUUUUAUGAAAGAGCUUGCUUUGUUCAAUAAUUGCCUUGCUCUUAUUGUUUUUAAUGCUUGUCGUAAAAUACCAGAGAAAUACUUCAAUAUAUGGGUGAUGCGCGAAUAUGGGUUCGAGUAUUCUUGGACCAAAAAACUUGUUGUAGGAUCCCUCGAAGGAAUUCGGAGACCACUAGGAUUUGUCAGGAAUGAAGAGCUUAUUCUACUGCGUGACAAUGAAGAUCAUACAGUAGCUUUGUAUAUUGGUUCUCAAGAAAUGAAGAAUCUUCAACAUUCAGGGCUUCGAAACUCGUUCUACCCACGCUGUGCUCUGCUCUAUGUGGAGAGCCUAGUUUCAUUAAAUAGUGGAAAUGUGUUUUAG